ACUAUUAUAUAUAUUUAUAUAUAUAGAUACAUACAUACACACGCAGAGACAUUCUGAUUUCUGAAAUUCUGACACAUGUGUUGUGUUGUGCGUCGAAACUCGAAAAGCAGUAUUUUCCAUGACACAUUAAGAGUUACACUGUAUUUAUCAGUUGAAAAUAUAGCCAUUUUUAUCAUUCCCUUUGUGUGCAGUCGCUAUUAAUUGCGCGCGAGAUGAUUCAUUCAAUUUGACCUGUGCCCUUUUACGACUUCAUUAUACACACAUGGUUAUACUUGUCUUGUGUGUUUUUCACACUGUCUCUUUAGUUUGCAACUGCGCGCCUUGCACGCCAGAAAAGUGCAAUCGUACGUUCCGUUCCAUUUAAUUGCACGUAUAACAAUGAACUAUCCAUCCGAGGAGGAGGAUAAUAUUAUACAGAAUGAUAUUGUCCUAUCGACAGCAGCAGUGGAAAAUUCUACAAGAGAAUCAAACCCUGGUCGACGGCAAACUGCAGGGACUGGAUCGCUGGGCACAAUUUUCUUAAUGGUAAAUGCAACACUAGGAGCAGGGUUAUUGAAUUUUCCAGAAGCUUUUGAUAAAUCUGGUGGUGUUGCAACAGCUAUUAUUGCUCAGCUAUUCUUUUUGGUCUUCAUUACUGCCACUCUAGUUAUUCUGGCAAAUUGUGGCGAUGUUACAAAUACUACAACAAUGCAAGCUGCUUUUGCAGGAUUGUGUGGACCCAACUCGUUAUUUUUUUGUGGAAUCUGCGUCGCCAUAUAUAGCUUUGGAUGUUGCAUUACAUUUUUAAUUGUUAUUGGAGAUCAGUUUGAUAGAGUCUUUGCUACUCUUUAUGGCUUGGACUACUGCCAUACUUGGUAUCUGGCCAGACCAUUCGUAACAUGCCUCUCGAGUGCACUUUUUAUACUACCCCUGUCCUUUUUUAAAAGACUCGAUGCUUUGAAUUAUGCUAGCUCUAUUGGCUGCGUAACAAUUUUAUACGUCGUAUGGCUAAUCGUAUACGAGAGUUUUGACAACUACAAGCUACCUGCAAAACCUAUGCAUAUCUGGCCAGAAGAACCACUCCAAGUUUUGCAAAUCGUGCCUAUAAUAUGCUUUGCAUACCAGAGUCACAUGACAGCCAUACCAACGUACGCUUGCAUGAAAGACCGGCAGAUUGGAAAAUUCACACUUUGUGCCAUAAUUAGCAUGAUCGUUUGUUUCUUUGCAUACUCCAUCGUUGGCUUCUUUGGAUAUGCGACUUUUGGCAUUGGAAAGGUUCCAAGUGACAUUUUACAAGGAUACACUGAUAAAAGCACUACCCUGACUAUUGCAAUUGUAGCUAUAGCAGUUAAAAAUUUCACAACAUAUCCAAUAGUUCUGUAUUGUGGAAGAGAUGCAAUUUUAAGUUUGUUCGGCAGAGAUGUAGACUGUCAAUUUUCAAUUAGAUUCACCAUCACCAUUAUUUGGUACGCUUUGAGUUUAGUGAUUGCUAUUCUAGUACCAGACAUUGGACCCGUGAUCAACAUUAUGGGCUCAUUGUCAGCAGCAUUUAUAUUUGUGUUUCCUGGAAUUUGUUUACUUCAGAGUACACUUUACAAAGAUCCGCUUUUGCACUUGAAUAAAGAUCGCUUCUUGGUAUUCAUAGCUAUUUUUAUAACAGCUCUUGGGGCUUUUGUCUGCGGAGUUGUUUUUGUAGAAGCACUUCAGGAUCUACAAACAAUGUCACUUGAUCAGCCGGCUAAAGUUACCGGGUUCAAAGCAGAACUAGGUUCAAGUCUGUGUCAAUAAUGAGCGAUAAAUUUUGUAUCCACUGAAUAUCUACCGCGAUAAGACUGAUGUAAAUGAUAUGUAUAUAUACUUUUAUUUUUAUACAAGCAUAUAUAUAUAUAUAUAUAUAUAUAUAUAUAUAUAUAUAUAUAUAUAUAUAUAUAUAUAUCCAUAUAUGUAUAUGUAUAUAUUUAUGUGAUUCAAUACAAUUUUAAGACGUAUUUUUAAUAAAUUGAUAACGAAUUCAGGUAACGCGCAAUUUUUAAAUAGGUAUUUUAUUGUUUUACAGUCAACCCUCUCAUUAAAAUUUCACGCGAAUAACACAACAAUUUUUGUUUAGUAUCAACAUGACGAAUUUGUUUGAUUAUUUAAGGCUGCAUCGAGUCUUCUGUUGAUUCUGAUGAUGAAACUUGGAUGGAAGUUUCACUUGAAAAUUCGUGUAGAACUUUUCCUUCGGUACUUACAACUUGAGUUAUAGA